AAAGUGACGGCGGAAAGAUACAAAAACACAAACUCUGUCCUGUAAAAUGACAUCAUUUAGUAUUCCUGAGCCACACAAUAACCCGUGGAUAAGUGAAGAUAAAUCUUUAACAUCCAUUAAAAAUGCUCUAAUUCUUGGAGAGAGAACAGGGCACAUUAAAAAGAGAUAUCCAGAUGAGUCCAGCUUUGAAGAUUCUAACAAUUACACUGAUCAAGAAAUACUUCCAUCAUUAAAACUUAUAACUGUACAAAGAGAUAUAUCUAGAAAACGUCGAGAAUUGAAUGAAGUUAACCUUGAGAUUCAAAAGAGAAAACAAGACAGAGAAACACAAGAUAUAACACAUCUUGAUAGAAUAGAGAAUAAGAUAGAAAAAAUAAAAAGUUUAAAUAAUCAUCUACAGAGUAUAUUACGUUGUAAAGAUGAUAUAGUGAAUAGAUUACAACAACCAUUAGUUGGUGAUUAUAUCAAAAUAGAUGCUGCUUAUCAUAGAUAUGCCAGUGAAGUCUUCCCAUUACUAACACCUAUAUUAGGUGAACUAAAUAAUAAUUUAGAUAACAUAGAAUGGUAUAAAACAACACAGUUUUCUCAGGACAGACACAAACUUGAAAGUUUAUUAAAUGUAUUGUCAUCAUCAUUUGCUGCUAUGCAGUCUCAGUAUCAAGCAUUGUGUCAGAUGAGAAGAUCUAUGAAUGAGAUGUAUGGAUCAUCAUCAACAGUUGGUGCUGUGGCUGAUUCAUAGAUCUCAUGAGCGUAACUUGCUCAUUAAAAUGCAUCUCACAAAAAGACGUACCAAAUAACAGAACAGAUUUUGACAACUAGAAACUUGGGUCAGUUGAAACCGAAUUUGAGUUCGUUGAACUUUUAAAGCAAGAUCCCAUUAUUUACAGUAAGAAAUUAUUGAGAGAUAUAAGCCCCAGCUCAAGGAUACCCUCAUUUACAAUUCAUAUUUUGUUUGUAUGAUAUUUAUUAUAUUAUAUUAAACCCAGAAUAUCAUUGUGG